AUGAAUAAUGGGCCCGGGAAUAGCUCUUCCCGCCAGAGCUUGGAGGAUAUGCCAAUGCCUGGCAACUUUCCUGAUACCCCGGAUGUCGACGACCUAGAUGAUCUCAACGGCCGACUCAAUAAUAUUGGCCUUGAUACAAGCUUUAAUGGCAAUUCUCGAGGAACUCAGCUCCACGAGAGCAUGUACGAGGGAUGGACACUAUACCGUGGCGAGCCCAAAGUGCCUGGUGGAGAGCGAACCUGGGCCACAGCCACCAUCUGCAAGAUGCCACUUCCACAGGCGGAAUUAAUCGACCUGGUUCAGAAACAAAAGCGUCAGUCUGUUACUGAAGCAUAUCAUGAACUGACUCUGGUCAAACGCCAGCACAUUGAUAAUCUAAUUGAGGAGAGAAAGCAAGAGUGCAAUGAUCCAAACAAGAUCCACGUCCACAUUCACAAAGUCGUACACAACCCAACUUCCAGAAUGAACCCCCCCAACGUCUCCAGGACAGGCCUCCAGUUUAUCACCAACAACUUCCAUCAAACUACCCUCAAGGACAUCCUCACCCUCACCAUAGUGAUCAUCAAGAGACCAAUUCCACAGGGCCCACCACCGGACCAUGGACAAAUGGCCCCUGUUGACGAGUUCAGAGCCGCACCCCAUCAUCAAGAGCAGAGAGUGCAACCAGAAAUGAUACAGAUUACUCCAGGCCAUCAUCAUCACCAAGGCCAAGGGCCGCAGCUCGAGAUGAUGCGGAUCCCACCACCUCCGAUAGGACCACAUCACCCGCAAUCCCGUCCCCCACCCCCCCAGGAGAGUCAUCCAGUUCCCCAACACGAACAGCUACGCCAAAAUGCUCACCCUUCCGAGCAGAAAGAAAUCAUACCAGGAACUCAGAUCUUCAGUCAGGAUCACCGCAACCCCUACCAGCAUCAUAAUCAUACCGGGAAUGAACAACCGCACAGGAACAUCCAGUUCAUGAACCAGGGACACCAGCAACAGGUACCUCAGCAACAGGUACCUCAGCAACAGGUACCUCAGCAACAGGUACCUCAGCAACAGGUACCUCAGCAACAGAUACCUCAACAAAUACUUCAGCAACAAAUACCUCAGCAACAGGUACCUCAGCAACAAGUACCUCAGCAACAAGUACCUCAGCAAGAGAUACCCCAGAAACAGAUACCAUCCGAGACAGGACCACCCUAG